AUGUCACGUUUUGAAUUGUCUACAACGUUGUCAGGCCAUGAAGAUGACGUGAGAUGUGUAGCGUCACUUUCAAAUAAUGAAAUAGUAAGUGGAUCAAGAGACAGCACAGUCAAAAUUUGGAGGAAUGAUUCGAAGCAAAGGACACCCAACUUUGAUGACUGUGUAAUGAAUUUCAAAGCCGAAAGGUUUAUUAAUUGCUUGGCAAUUUAUGAUGACGGGCAACAACGGCUCAUUGCAAGUGGUGGAAAUGACAAUCUCAUUAAUCUAACGUCGCCAUAUUCUACAAUCAAUGAAGGAAACACUUCAUAUUGCUUGGUGGGUCACACUGCUAAUGUCAGCUCUCUUCAGUGCAAGGAUAGAUACAUUUUGAGUACAUCAUGGGAUGGAACAGCAAAAGUUUGGACGAAAAUUGGAGACGUGAUAUAUAAUUUGAAAGGACACAAAGGCCCAGUAUGGGGAGCAAGCUUUUUACCCGGAAAGGAUACAUUUGUGACCUGUGGUGCAGACAAAACCAUCAGAAUUUGGGAAAAAUCACGACUUGUCAAAACUAUUAUUGCUCAUAAAGAUGUUGUACGUGAUGUGUUGGUUUUACCAAACGGUGGUAUUGCUUCGUGUUCUAAUGAUAGCACAGUUAAAAUAUGGGACGGCAAAACUUACGAACUCAAAAGUGUGCUUUCGGGACACGAGAGUUUCGUCUAUUCUAUUUGCUGCCUACCUGAUGGUGAUAUUGUCAGUUGUGGUGAGGAUAGAACUAUUCGUGUUUGGAGAUCUGGAAGAUGCAUUCAAACGAUAACUGUUCCGUGUGUUUCGGUUUGGGAUGUCACUUCCCUUCCAAACGGUGAUAUCGUUGCUGGAUCCAGCGAUUCAAAGAUUCGGGUCUUCUCGAGGUCUGCAGAAAGAAAAGCGUCAAAGGAGAUUAUUUCUUCUUUCAAGAAAGAGGUGGCUGAAUCGGGUGUAGGUGAAGAUCUUCUUGGAAAUGUUAACAUGGAAAAGCUUUGUGGCGUUAAUGCAUUGAAGGUGAAUGGAAAGACUGAAGGAGAGUUGAAGAUCGUCAAGGAUGAAAGCUUGGUAGUUGUUCUUUACCGAUGGGAUGAGAAUAAAUGGAUUAAAGUGGGAAAGAUGGUCACAUCGUCAGGAUCAGAUCGUAAAAUCAUGUACAAUGGUUUGUCCUACGAUUACGUGUUUGAUAUUGAUGUGGAGGAUGGAAAACCCCCUCUAAAGCUUCCAUUUAACGUUUCAGAUAACCCGUAUGAAGUCGCAGACAAAUUUCUCGCAGACAAUAAUCUUCCUUACUCUUACCUUCAACAGAUAGUAGACUUCAUCAUGAAAAAUGCACGGGGAGCUACAAUAGGUGAGAGUAAUGCAUCUGCAACCCGGCCACAUGUCAAAGAUGCUUACCAGGAAAAAGUGCCGGGUGGAUCAUCGAUUCUCCCACAACAGAAUUACUUAACAUUCAAAAAGGUAAAUGUUGCACAGAUUAUGAAGGGAUUUAAAAAGCUUAAUACCGACCAGACGGAGGAAAACAGAAUCGACCCAAGAGAGAUGGAAAUGGCUCUAGAUGGAGAGGAUUACGAUAAAUUAGGGAAGAUAGCCUUUCAGAUAAUUCUUAACUGGAAGACAAACACCAAUCUUGUCGGUUAUGAUCUUUUGCGGGUUGCCAUUGCUGAAAUAAACCCGUUUGGGGAUAUAUUUACACCAAUAAGAAAGGGAUUGGAGAGCGAACAACCGGCCGUGAUUAUGAUGUGCGUACGUAUCCUAUGUAACAUCUUUUCGGCUUCAAAAUGGGGAGAGCAGACGCUUAUGGAUCCAAACAUCUUGGAUGUGAUUUUUACCUCAAAGUUGUCGGCCACUGUUCAGAAUGAAAAGACCUCAAAUAAGCAGAAGAGACCACUUUCGGUUGCUGUUGCAACCCUUCUUCUUGACUUUUCGGUCUUGAUAAACAAAUUCUCUUUUGGGCCAUUGUAUCAGAAAAGCGUGGAAAUAUACGACGAGUAUACCUCGUUACUUUUAGAUGAUGAAGAAUCUUCGUAUAGGCUGUUAGUUGGUAUAGGAACUUUGUGCAAGUACCGCCAGACAGAGCAGUUGAAAAUUUUUGCUGACUCGAUUACCAGCAUUUAUAGGGACGAGCGCUUCAAAAUGGUUCAACAGGAGAUGAAAUAG